AUGAAGUUCUUCAGUCAUCUCCUCACAGUGUCUUCAGUCUACAUUGGAUUCCCUGUCGCGGCCCAAAACAACAGUAGCAGCUCCGAUACCCAAUGCUCCCCAGUAACUGAAGAUCUCGCCGAGGGUGAUGUUUCGUUCAACGCUACUGGCACAACAACAUUCUCCCUUCUUGAGCAGGAAGAAUGGCACUUAUCAAUGACAUUUCGAUUUCGCCUUGCCAGGAACACCACUACCGUCAAGGAUGUCUCCUCUUAUGGUGAGCCUGCCGUGUGGCUCAGCGUGCCAGAAUCAUUCCCCGAAACGACGAGAGGCAAAGAGAUUGAACUGUGCUACUACGAAAUGGACCCUGUGAAUGCGACUUCAGACUCAGAAUCCGGAGGUAGCAACGCGACCUGCGACGGGAUACUCAGUGAGGAAUGUCAGGAAGCAUUGCGAAGCGCACCAAGACCACGUGACGGGGACUGCCCUGACGUCGACGUCAAGGAAGCUUGCGGCCGACCAAUAAGACUAUGGACAAGCAAACCAUUCAAUCUCACGCAGCAAGAUUGUACAUUCAACGGCCUACCACAAGUCGAUAUUCCAGACGACUAUCAGACGCAGAGUGUAAUGUGGCAAGGGAAGUUGCUUCCUGCUGCAGAAGAGGAGUUCCUUGAUUCAUAUGACUUGCUUGUCCGACAACCAGUUCCGGUCCUCAUCACAGCGCGGCUCCCAGGAAAUAAAAAUGAUGCCGCAGAGAUCGCCUGCCUAGCUACCAAGAACAUCUCGGAAGGGAGCCGUGUUCCGCAGAGUGAGUUUCCACCGAGCGGCGCGACUUACCUGGAUGUUAAGAGAGGUUUAACCUACUUUGCGGUGCUGUCUUGUUUAACUGGCUACAUCUUGGCGUUGUAG